AUGUCUGCUGCUACAAAGAUGACUGCCCAAGAGAAAGAGGCUCAGAUAAUGAAAGAAAUAAGAGCAUCUACUAUACAAUUCGAGAAGAAGUUUGAAACUAGCUUCCUUGGAAAUUUCUUUGGUUUUUCAAUCAAAUCUGGUAACUAA